AUGGGGCACCACUACAAAGAAGUCUCUCCUCAUCCUUCUGCUGAAAUAACCAUCUUCAAACUCGCUUGCAUCUACUCUGCCCGCAUCCUUCACAAUGAUGAGGUUACAGUCACGGCCCUGUCCAAUGUCAACAUUGCAAGUCUCAUCUGCAAUAUAGGGGCUGGUGGACCUGCCCCAGCAGCUGGUGGUGCUGCCCCAGCUGAAGAGAAGAAGAAAGAGGAAGCAAAAGAAGAAGAAUUCGAGGAGUCCGAUGAUGACAUGGGCUUUGGUCUCUUUGACUCAAUAUUUUUGUAA